AUGCCUGAGUAUGGCAAAAAGACCGUUGUAGAGCUCACAGAGAUUUUGAAGCGCCGGUCCCUACCGCAUACAGGGAAGAAGGCAGAACUUGUUGCGCGACUCAAUGAAGCAGACAAGACCGAAGGAGCCAAAACGACUGAUACAGCCCCCUCUGCUGCGACACCUGCUUCAGAAUCCACCGCGGAGAAGACAGUGCCCUUAGCCGGGCCACACUCUACUGAGCAGCCUGUACAGGACGGCGAUGCGCCUGCUAAUACGACCAACACAUCCUCCCUAGCACCUCCACCGGCUACGCAGGCAGAGCGCGAGGGCUCUGCAACCACAGACGCCAAGCUUGCGACUGCGGUGGACUAUAGCAUGGGCCUUAAUCAGUCAUCCUUCGAUGAUGAAUUGAAGAAGCGCAAAGCUCGCGCCGAACGCUUCGGAGCACCGGUUAAGGAGGUUGAUGCAGAGGCCGAGAAAGCGGCAGAACGUGCGAAGAGGUUUGGCACUGACAGUGCAGCAGAUGGAGGCGUAGGAAAGCUGGAUGAGGCUCUGCCAGAAGAAAGGGAGAGGAGGGGCAAGAGGGGAAGAGACGGUGAAAGUUCUCUAGAUGAUCCUGGUUUGAAGCAGGGGAGGGGAGGGAAAAGACGCUUUCAAGGAAGAGGUGGCCGGAACGACAGGCGAGGGGAGAAGCCAGUUGGCGUCCAAAAAUCUGUGAGCAAGGCAUCAAGCACUUUUUCAAGCGAAAAGGAUCGCCUUGCUGCCGAAGCACGGAAAAAGAAAUUCGCCACAGCUUGA